CGGGACUUUGCGAGAUUUAGCUCCAUCUUGGAAUUUCCACGAGGUUUCUCAGAAAAAAGGGCAAUAGUUUGAGGGCCUAUUAGUCCUGCCCAAAGUUCAAAAUGCCCACGAAAAAUCCAUUACCUCCUAAAGAGAAUGCUCUGUUCAAGCGCAUUCUGAAAUGUUAUGAACAGAAACAGUACAGAAAUGGAUUGAAAUUUUCCAAACAGAUUUUGACAAAUCCAAAAUUUGCAGAACAUGGAGAGACCCUGGCUAUGAAAGGACUGACACUGAACUGCCUUGGCAGGAAGGAAGAAGCGUAUGACUAUGUUAGACGUGGACUGAGAAAUGAUCUACAGAGUCAUGUCUGUUGGCAUGUGUACGGUCUACUUCAAAGGUCAGACAGAAAAUAUGAUGAGGCAAUAAAGUGCUACAGAAAUGCUCUGAAGUGGGACAAGGACAACUUACAGAUCCUGCGAGACUUGUCCUUGCUGCAGAUACAGAUGAGAGAUCUAGAAGGUUACAAGGAAACACGUUACCAGCUGCUAGUUCUACGUCCAGGACAGCGAGCAUCAUGGAUAGGUUAUGCUAUGGCUUUCCAUUUGCUGAAAGAGUAUGAUAUGGCACUGAAAAUCAUUGAGGCAUUUAGGAAUACACAAACGCCAAAAGCAUUUGAUUAUGAACAUGGGGAGCUGUUGUUGUACCAGAAUCUUGUGAUUAGAGAGAAGGGAAAUAUGCAAGAAGCAUUGGACCACCUUGAUAAAUAUGAUAGUCAAAUAGUAGACAGACUUACAGUGCAAGAAACCAAAGGGGAGAUAUAUCUAAUGAUGGGUCGGAAGUCUGAGGCUGCUGUUAUAUAUAAAGAACUUAUCAACAGAAAUCCAGAAAACUGGGCCUACUACAAGGGUCUGGAAGAUUCCGUGCAACCAGAGACAGAAGAAGCUCGUUGGAAGCUGUAUACGGAUGCGGAGGAAAGAUUUCCUAGAGCCUCAGCACCAAAAAGAAUUCCACUUAACUUUACCACAGGUGAUUUGUUCAAAAAACUGUUGGACAAGUAUUUGCGGAAUGGCUUCCAUAAAGGAGUUCCACCAUUGUUUAUAACACUGAAAUCUGUCUAUACAGAUCCAGCAAAGGUUACAGCAAUUCAAGAAAUCUGUUUAAGCUAUGUAGAAAGCCUGAGAGAAUAUGAAUUAUUCAACAAAUCCGAUGAAAAUUGUGAGAAGGAACCACCAACAGCAUUGUUAUGGGUCUACUACUAUCUUGCUCAACACUACGACUAUAUAGGCAAUGCACAGCAAGCCUUGCACUAUAUAGACAUGGCGAUACAACACACUCCUUUACUUAUUGAACUAUAUGUUCUUAAAGGUAAACUAUUUAAGCAUGCGGGUGAUAUAGAAGAAGCUUACAGAUUGAUGGAUGAGGCACAGUCUCUAGACACUGCAGAUCGUUACAUUAACUCAAAAUGUGCCAAGUAUAUGCUGCGAUCAAACCUCAUACAAGAAGCAGCUGACAUGUGUUCAAAGUUUACUAGGGAAGGUGUGUCAGCAACAGAUAACCUGAAUGAGAUGCAGUGUAUGUGGUUCCAGACAGAAUGUGCAGCAGCGUAUCAACGACUAGGCAAGUGGGGCGAGGCCCUGAAAAAGUGCCAUGAAAUUGACAGGCAUUUUACAGAGAUUAUAGAAGACCAGUUUGACUUCCACACGUACUGUAUGAGAAAGAUGACGUUACGAGCCUAUGUAGGAUUGUUACGAUUAGAAGAUGUUUUGCGUAGUCAUCCUUUCUAUUUUAAGGCAGCUAAAAUUGCAAUAGAGAUUUACCUGCAUUUACAUGAUCAUCCUCUGUCAGAUAAUGAUAAAGAUAAUCUACUAGAUGCAGACAAUCUAACGCCGAGUGAACUGAAAAAAUUAAAGAACAAACAAAGGAAACAACAGAAGAAACUGGAGAAGGAGAAAGAAAAACAGAAAGAACAAGAGAAAAAAGACCAUCCAAAUAAGAAACAACAAGAUCAGGACCAAGAUGGACCUAAAGAGGAGGAGUUGGUGCCAGAUAAACUCGCUAAAGUGGAAAGCCCUCUAGAGCAAGCAAUCAAAUUUCUCAAACCAUUGCAAUUACUAGCUCCACAAAGAAUAGAAACUCAUUUAUUUGCUUAUGAAAUUUAUUCUAGAAAAGAUAAGUUACUAUUGAUGUUGCAAUCAUUGAAACGUGGAUGUCAAGUAGACAGAGAAAACCCACAGUUACAUGUCUAUCUUCUCAGGUUUCUUAUUCUAGUGAAGAAAAAGAAGUGUUCGGGAAAUUUACCAGAGUCUGUGAUGCGUGUACUAGAUGAAGAGAUGGAGAAAUUGUUAAGCAGCCAGGAUGCAAACAAGCUCAAUGAGGAGUAUCUCUGUAGAAAUGUCAAUUCAGUAUUACACAGAGCAGCAGCUGCUCGUAUGAUGUUUGAGAUGAAUUCUGAUCCAUCCACGCAAGCGAAGGCGUUACAGCUUGCCACUGCUGUCAGUAAAGAUCUAACAGGAGUCUCACCAAAGAACUGUCGGGAAGUGUUGGAGUAUAUUUGUCGGGGUGACUUUGGUCAGUGCGAGGCAGAGGCCAUGUCAUAUCAGGAAAGAUGCCAUAAACUGUUUCCUCAUGUCCCUUCUUUUCAUAUACCAAACUCACAGUCACAACAAAUAGUAACCAAUGGAAACAUGUCAUCAUAACAGCUGCAAUCUACAUCUAGUGAUUUACCUGCAAUUUCUUACCUGCUCUUCGUUACAGAAUGGUGAAAUAUUCAGUGCAUAUUUGACUUCUAUCGAAGUUUUCAGUGAUGUGAAGGGAUAAUAAAAGGUAUACAAUAAGUAGGAAACGUUCCAGUGCUCAUCUGUGCAUAUGAAUGUAUGCAUGUGUUAGUCUUCUUACCGAGUGUAUGCCAGAAUAAAAUUUUGAGAACAAAACCUGUUCAGACUUGUAACCAACAAGAAAAUGAUUCAUAAACAGGAUGUUAAAAGUUUUCACAGCUAAAUGUUUAGUUUGUUUUGUUAAAAGAGUGGAGGAAGAGGCAAUAAUUUUCCUUGAAUGACAAAAAAAGUCUGGUUUAUUUGGGAAAUCCAUGUGUUGCAGAUGUCAUUUUCUGCUUGAAGUUGCUAUUGAUACAUUACCUCAAAUAGACUUGUUUCUUAGGAGAAGAGCAUUUUACAUAUUGUAAUUUCCACAGAGAACCGCAUUUCCUGUAUUAGAAAUUAGCAUUUUCUGUAUUUUUACAAUGCUUGAAAUACUAGAAAGGAACAGUAUGAAUACAUCUGAAAAAGAGAUAGUUUCAACAGUUAUGGGAGACAAGUCGGGAUUGUAGUUUAUAAAAGAAGGUUUGAGGAGUGAGUGAUAUGAAGGGUAAUGGUAUACUGUAAAAUGAUUAGAAAUCAAAGAACUUGUUGGUUUGUGAGUUUACCUAUGUAAGUGAAGUCUUAAUUCUCUGUGUUCUUAUCUGCAAGCCUUAUUUAAAUAUUUUAUUUAUUUAAACUCAUGAGUAUAACAUACAAAGAUAUUCCCUAGACUUAAUUUUAAAGAAAUGCAGCUGGUUUACAGAAGAUAAAUUGAUGUAUAUAUGUAAAACUGGCAGAUAUGAAGGGAAACAAUUUUAAGGCUAUACAAUUACUUCCUUAUUUUAACUAAGUGAGAUGUAACUGCAUGAGUAAUAAAUUUGUGCACAUUUCUGUCGAACAAGGAAAAGAUUUAUUCAUAAUGGAUUAUUGCAUGAUAGAAGAUUUUAUGUACAUCUUUAUGAACAAAACCAUUUGUUUUUUCAUUUGAUAGAUUCACAGUUAAUGCUUUUUGUUUACAUUGCUUGUCAUCAUGCCAGAGCAUUUUGGGAGCAAUAUCCUGCAAUCUUGAGGUGAUAAGACCCGUUGAAAUUCACAAAAUUAAUGUCAUUAGAGAACACGCAAGUUCAGCUUCAUUUGUCUGUAACACUGAACAGUGUUAGAGCUGAUAUUCAAACUGUGUUGUAGUAUUAUUGAAAUUAACCAGUGCUUUAUCCUUCCUGUUUGCAGUCGAGUGUUUGUAGAUUGACGAGUGUUACUUUUUAGUGUACAUGUAUGGGAUUUUUAUACAUUUUUUGUUACUGUAUAUUACAUUAGUGAAUGAAUGAUUGUUACAAGUUUACAUUCUCUUGUUUCUUAUACCGUCAUAUGUACCUUUUUUUCAUCGACAUAAAUCAAAUGGGGUUGCCUUCUGUCCUUACGAAACAUUAAAAGCAGUUAUUAAGGAUAAUGUUUAAUAAGACAAUUUUGAAAUACUUUUUAGAAAAAAGUAAUCAUGAUCUCCUUGAGACUAAAGCUAUAAAGAUAUUCCUCGUGUGAGGAAGCAAUCCAACUGGCUUUCGGGAGGUCGGUGGUUUUACCCAGGUGCCCAUGAUGAAAUAAUGCAAGGAAGGGCACCUGGGGUCUUCCUCCACGAUCAAAGCUGGAAAGUUGCCAUAUGUUAAGUGCUGUAUGAGAUUUCUUUUGGAAAUGUUUCAGGAAAUAGUUUCUGACAGAAAUUUUGUUGCUGCCCUUUGCCAGUAAACUAUUGGAGAUUUUCUGUUUGUGUGUUUACCCCUCCUGUUAUCUAUUAGAAAUUUUAAGUUUUGUUGUACUUGGAGUUCUGAUACAAAGUUAAUUAUAAAAAAAAGGUGGUGAAUUUCAAAUGAAUAUUUUUUGCUUCUGUUAUAGUUCAUGAUGUAAAAGGGCAUCUUCAGUUAAAUUUUUAAUCUGCCAUGUAAACUUGUUUUGUUCCUGGAACUUGGUAGUCAUUUGGAAGUGGAUAUUUCUCUUUAACUUUGAUCGGUGUCUGCAAUUAAAUCAUAACAAGAAUUACUGAUAUUCCAUAUUGAUUCAGUGUUUUCAGUUGAACUGUAUCGCUGUCGUGAACAAUUUUGAGUUAUUUUCCUUUUUUGUACUUAAUUUUCCUUCCUGACAAUGACUUACAGCUGUUCUAUGAUCGGAUGAUAGAUUGCAGUGAAAUGAAGUGCAUUGCACACAAAACUGUUACUUCUUCCAGAAAAGAUUUUAAUCUGUCACAUUUUGUAAUUCAUUUUCUAAAUCAGACUGAGUACUAUGUUGAUGUUUCAUAUUGGUAGAUCAUAAUGUCUCCCCCUUGGUCCAAGUAUAUGAAUGCAUGUCUCAGCAUACCACUUUAAGUACAUUGUUUUUGCAAUCAAGUGUUAAUCAAGUAUAUAAAAAACUAUCACGGUUUUUAGCCCUGUCCGUCCAUCUGUCCACACUUCAUUUCCGAUCAAUAACUGAAGAACCAUUUGACCUAGUAUCUUCCAACUUCAUAGUCUGGCAGGGCUUAUGGACUAGACGACCCAUACUGUUCUUGGGGUCACUCCAUCAAAGGUCAAGGUCACAGGGGCCUGAACAUUGAAAACCAUUUCCGAUUAAUAACUUGAGACCCACUUAACCCAGAAUCUUGAAACUUAUUAGGAUGAUUGGUCAUGCAGAGUAGGUGACCCCUGUUGAUUUUGGAGUCACUCUGAUAAAGGUCAAGGUCACAGGGGCCUGAACAUGGAAAACCAUUUCCAAUCAAUAACUUGAGAAUCACUUGACCCAGAAUGUUGAAACUUCAUUGGAUGAUUUUCAUGCAGAGUAGAUGACCCCUAUUUAUUUUAGGGUCACUCUAUUACAGGUCAAGGUCACGAGGGCCUGAACAUGGAAAACCAUUUCUGGUCAGUAACUUGAGAACCACUUGACCCAGAAUGUUGAAACUUUAUAAGGAUGAUUGGACAUGCAGAGUAGAUAACUGCUAUUGAUUUUGGAGUCGCUAUUAAAGGUCAGGGUCACAGUGACCAGAACAUGGAAAUCCAUUUCCGGUCAGUAACUUGAGAACCACUUGACCCAGAAUGUUGAAACUUCAUAGGGUGAUAGGACUUAAAGAGUAGAUGACCCUCUUUUUGGGGUCACUCUAUUAAAGGUCAAGAUCGCAGUGGACAGAACAUUGAAAUCCAUUUCCAGUUAAUAACUUGAGAACCAUUUGGCAUAGAGUCUUCAAAUUUCAUUGGAUGAUGGGACUUACAGAGUAGAUGACCCCUAUUGUUUUUGGGGUCACUCCAUCAAAGGUCAAGGUCACAGGGGGUUGAACAUAGAAAACUUUUCAAUCAAUAACUUUAUAAUCACUUGACCCAUAAUGUUGAAACUUAGUAGGAUGAUUGGACAUGCAGAGUAGAUGACCCCUGCUGAUUAAUUUUGGGUCAGUCGAACAAAGGUCAAGGACCUGAACAUGGAAAAUCAUUUCCAGUUCAUAACUUGAGAACCACUAGGCCCAGAAUGUUGAAACUUAGUGGGAUGAUUGGACAUGCCAAGUAGAUGAUCCCUAUUGCAGCCAACCAUCAGUGUCUCUUUGACUUUUGCUCCUGUCCCCUAUUGACUUCUUGCCUAUACGACUAUGCAUUGGGGGGGGGGGGGAGAUGCGCUUUUCUACAAAAAGCAUCUAGAUGAAACAAGACCCUACAAUAAUAAUUUGGACAGGGACUUCUAGACAUGUUGAUUGUUAAAGCAUCUUGAUCCUUGCAAGGUGACAUCAGAACAAGUUCAGUUUUUAUCACUGUCUUGCAUUGUGGUCUUAACUAAACAGGUGAACAACAAACUAGGAAAUGUGAUGUUGUUGUGAUACAGAAUUAUUGUAGUGACUGAUUGACUGGUACUUUUAGUAACAGAAUGAGCUUAUCGAAGGUUAGUGGUUUUAUUCAUGUGUCCACUUGAGCAUGAAUUGAUGCUAUAUGGGGUACAUGGAGUAUUCCUCCAUUAUCAAAAGUGGAAUAGCAUCCGAAGUCGAUGUGACUUAAAAUCCAACAUACAUAGCUGAGGCCCUCAUUUUAUGAUAAAAUCUAAUUUAUCUAAUUUUUUCUCCAUAAAAAAAGCAUUAUAACUAGAACCAUUAUUUAGGACCAUAUAUACAGCCAUUGUAAGUGUUAAAGAACAAGGGAGAUCGUAAACAAAAUAUAUUACAUUUGAAAGAACAAGGGAGAUCCUAAACAAAGUCUCUUGUAUUUGAAAGUUGUCCACCAAAUGAAUGAAACUAGUCUGUAUAAAUGACUGUAUUGUUGGUUUAAAGCACAAGUUAUUUGAAGGUAUGUGCCCUGUACCAGUAAAGAAAUGAUGUAUCAAAUAAAGCUGUUAUAUUUGCACGCUCCUUCAACAUUAUUUUGCUAUAAUUAAUUGUUUGUUUGUAGAAAUGUCAUGAUUUUACAAAAAAAACUAUUUAUUGUUUUGAUAAGAAAACAAAUAAACUCAUUGAACUUUUA